GGUCUGAUGUAGUUGUGGAGGUGAGCUGCUCUUGGAAAGGUUACAGACUUUCGGUGAUAAGGGUGGGGUGAAAGUGUCUUUUAUAAUUCCAAGGUUCUUAAUUAGUUCCUGCUUGCUGUGAUACUUGAGUAAAAUGAGGGAGUGUAUUUCCAUACAUAUUGGUCAAGCAGGUAUCCAGAUGGGUAACUCCUGCUGGGAGCUAUAUUGUUUGGAGCACCGCUUCCAGCCAGAUGGAACUAUUGUUGCUGAGGGCAGCUCUUUGUCUGACUCCUCUUUUGGCACUUUCUUCAGUGAAACUGGUGCUGGGAAGUACGUUCCUCGUGCAGUGUUCAUUGAUCUAGAGCCGACAGUUGUUGAUGAGAUCCGUAAUGGACAUUAUCGACAACUGUACCACCCAGAGCAGCUCAUCAGUGGCAAGGAGGACGCUGCCAAUAAUUAUGCUCGUGGUCACUAUACCAUUGGCAAAGAGAUUGUAGACUCGGUGCUCGACCGGAUGCGCAAAAUGGCGGACCAGUGCACUGGUCUGCAGGGGUUUCUGAUCUUUCACAGCUUUGGUGGCGGAACAGGCUCUGGCUUCACAUCUCUACUGAUGGAGCGACUGUCUGUCGACUACGGUAAAAAGUCAAAGUUGGAAUUCUCUGUAUAUCCUGCCCCACAAGUCAGCACUGCUGUGGUGGAGCCCUACAACUCGAUCCUUACAACCCACACUACUCUGGAGCACUCCGACUGCUCCUUCAUGGUGGAUAACGAAGCAAUCUUUGACAUCUGCAAGCGAAACCUCGAUAUAGAACGUCCCUCCUACACCAACCUGAACAGGCUCAUCGCCCAGAUCGUGUCCUCCAUUACAGCGUCACUGCGCUUCGAUGGAGCCCUAAAUGUGGACCUUACAGAGUUCCAGACCAACCUAGUCCCAUACCCACGCAUCCACUUCCCGCUGGUCACCUACUCUCCCAUAAUUUCCGCCGAGAAGGCCUACCACGAGCAGCUCUCCGUCCCAGAGAUCACCAACGCAUGCUUUGAGCCGGCGAACCAGAUGGUGAAGUGUGACCCUCGCCGUGGAAAAUACAUGGCCUGCUGUUUGCUGUACCGUGGUGAUGUGGUUCCGAAAGAUGUGAAUGCUGCCAUAGCCAACAUCAAGACCCGCCGCUCCAUCCAGUUCGUAGACUGGUGUCCCACGGGGUUCAAGGUUGGAAUCAACUACCAGCCGCCCACCGUUGUCCCAGGAGGGGAUCUGGCCAAGGUGCAGAGGGCUGUCUGCAUGCUGAGUAACACCACUGCUAUUGCAGAGGCGUGGGGCCGCCUGGACCACAAGUUUGACCUGAUGUAUGCAAAGAGGGCAUUUGUGCACUGGUACGUGGGUGAAGGGAUGGAGGAAGGGGAGUUUUCAGAGGCGCGAGAGGACAUGGCUGCUCUGGAGAAAGACUAUGAGGAGGUUGGUGCCGAUACCACUGAGGAUGGUGGGGAGGAUGAAGAGGAGUAUUAAGUAUGCAAAAUGUUUGUAUAUGGAGUAAAUAAACUUGAGCAUCUGAA